AUGCUGGAAGGGAGGAAACCAAUUCAGUUUCCAGGUUGUUUGUUUUUAACAGGUCUUGAUGAAACAGUCUUGGAACUGAACCGGGUGAUUAUUCCCACUUACGGAACUGUGCCAGAGCAGCAAACCCUUCAUACUCCUGAAUGGGUGGAUUUUGAUGAUAAGACUGACUCCUUGUUCUUCAAAGAUGGGCAGCGAAGAAUUGACUUUGUUUUGGUGUAUGAAGAUGAAAGUAAAAAAAUGACUCAUAAGAGGAGUGAUCGUAAAAAACAAAAGAGGAAGAGACAAGUAUAUGAAUCAAACCUGAUAAACAAUGGCUUGCAACUAGAAGCAACGAGGUCGGUUGUGGAUGAGAAACUUAUUUUUGUGAAAGUGCAUGCACCUUGGGAAGUGCUGUGCGCGUAUGCCGAGGUUAUGCACAUCAAACUGCCUCUGCAACACAAUGACCUGAAAACCCAAGACUCAGCUUUCAACUGGUUCAGUAGGCUCUUCAGGGUGGAUGAAAAUAUCAUCAAACCUGAGCAAGAGUUUUUCACUGCCCCUUUUCAAAUGGAGUAUUUGUCCAGCUUCUAUAUCCAAGACAAAGACACUUUUUUCAAUCCUGCAACUAGAAGCCGAAUUGUUCAUUUUAUCCUGUCCCGUGUGGAAUAUGCAACAAAAAAUAAUGUGAAAAAGUUUGGCAUUAACAAAUUACUGGACACUGGAAUCUACAAAGCAGCAUUUCCCCUCCAUGAUUCAAGUUUUAGGCACCUGUCAACUGAUCCCAACUGCCCGAGUGAACGAUAUCUGCUCUACAGAGAAUGGGCUCAUCCUAAAAACAUUUUCAAACUGCAACCCCUGGAUUUCAUCAGGAAAUACUAUGGAGAGAAAAUUGGCAUCUACUUUGCUUGGCUGGGCUUUUACACAAAUAUGCUGACUGUGGCUGCAGUUGUAGGAGUUGGAUGUUUUCUGUAUGGAUUCCUGACAAAGGACAACUGCACAUGGAGCCAAGAAGUAUGUGACCCCAACAUAGGAGGUAAUAUCAUAAUGUGCCCUCAGUGUGAUAAAGUAUGUACCUACUGGAACCUCACCAUCACUUGUGAAUCAUCCAAGAAACUCUGUAUAUUUGAUAGCUUUGGAACACUGGUGUUUGCAGUAUUUAUGGGAAUAUGGGUUACCUUUUUUUUGGAGUUUUGGAAGCGGCGGCAGGCUGAGCUGGAGUACGAGUGGGACACAGUUGAGUACCUGGAGCAGGAAGAGCAAGUCCGCCCGGAGUACGAAGCUCGCUGCACUCACGUAGUGAUGAAUGAAAUCACACAGGAAGAAGAACAUGUGCCAUACACUGCAUGUGGGAAGUGCGUACGGAUGACUUUCUGUACAAGUGCCAUCUUCUUCUGGAUCCUUUUGAUUAUUGCUUCAGUUGUUGGAAUCAUUGUCUACAGGCUCUCAGUUUUCCUGGUGUUCUCUGCCAAGUUGUCGCAGCACAUCAGUGGAACGGAGGUGAUCCGCAAGUACCUGACUCCACAGACGGCCACGUCAGUAACGGCUUCGCUCAUCAGCUUUGUAGUCAUUAUGAUUCUCAACAUCAUCUAUGAAAAAGUGGCAAUCCUGAUCACUGACUUCGAACUUCCAAGGACACAGACUGAUUAUGAAAACAGUCUGACCACAAAGAUGUUCUUGUUCCAGUUUGUCAACUACUAUUCUUCAUGUUUCUACAUAGCCUUCUUUAAGGGUAAAUUUGUAGGUCACCCUGGAAGUCCAGUUUAUUGGCUAGGAAAGUACCGCAAUGAAGAGUGUGAUCCAGGUGGAUGUCUCCUUGAGCUCACAACCCAGCUUGCCAUCAUAGUAGGAGGGAAAGCGAUCUGGAACAACAUUCAAGAAGUUCUUGUUCCUUUGGUCAAGAAUCUAAUUGGAAGAUAUUCUGCAGCUGCUAGAUCAGAAAAAGUUAUUCCACGUUGGGAACAUGACUACCACCUCCAACCCUUUGGAAAACUUGGACUAUUUUAUGAGUAUCUUGAAAUGGUUAUACAGUUUGGCUUUGUGACCCUGUUUGUGGCAUCGUUCCCCCUGGCUCCUCUCCUGGCCCUUAUUAACAACAUGCUGGAAAUCCGGUUGGAUGCGUGGAAGCUGACGACGCAGUUCAGGCGCAUGGUUCCGCAGAAGGCACAGGACAUUGGCGCCUGGCAGCCCAUCCUGCAGGGCAUAGCCAUCCUGGCCGUGGUCACCAAUGCUAUGAUCAUUGCUUUUACAUCUGACAUGAUUCCUCGCCUGGUUUAUUACUGGUCCUUUUCAGUCCCUCCUUAUGGGAGUCACAGCAGCCACACUAUGAAGGGGUAUAUAAACAGCACACUUUCUGUCUUCAAUAUAUCAGACUUCAAGAAUGAAAGCAGACCUUUUUCCCCUUGGUUUGGGAACCAAAUGACAUGCAGAUACCGGGAUCUCCGCUACCCUCCUGGCCACCAGCACCAGUAUGAGCACAACAUAUACUACUGGCAUGUCCUUGCAGCCAAGCUGGCUUUCAUCAUUGUCAUGGAGCAUGUCAUAUACUUUGUGAAGUUUAUUAUUUCAUAUGCAAUUCCGGAUGUAUCACAGAAGACCAAGAGCAAGGUCAAACGAGAGAAGUACCUCACACAGAAACUAUUACACGAGAAUGAUCUCAAAGGUGUGAAAAAGAACAUGGGCAAAAUAGCCAACAAAAUCAUCAGAGGACCAGAGAGCACUUUCCGACCUAAAGAAGAAUAAGUACUUUUUCAUAUGGAAUAACAGUAUUUAGACAACUAAUAUCUGUCCAUAUACUACCAAUAGCUAUCAAGCACUUUGGAUUUACUAAAUAUUGUUUCUUGCACCUCUUACUUACUCAUUUACCAGUUUCCCUUGGAAAAAUGCAACCACUGCAAUGCAGAUGAGAGUUAUCAUUUUUUUAAACUGGUUUUUAGGACAUAUUAAAAAAAAAAUAAAUAAAAAAGGGUAAAAAUUAUUUCACCUCUUAAGAAGAUGCAGAUUAAUUCCCAAGCACCUAGGCUGCUUUCUACUUUUUUUAGGCAUCAGCUAUUAGAUGACUAGUGUGACUUGAAUAAAACCUUAAGAACAAGAAUGAUUUACUGUAAGGAUAUCAUCGCAUCCAAUGAAGGAAUUUUGAUUGCUUGCUAAUGCAAACCUCUGCUAUAAAAUGAAGAGGAAAAGCCAAAACGUGAAAGAAAAAGAAAGAAAAUACAACUCAAAAUCCCAUUGUUAAGCCAUUGGAAUUGACAUACUAAGCGUGGUUGUUUGCUACUCUGAAUUAACUAUGCAUACUGAGACUUAAAUGGAUAACAAGAUAUUUCAAUUAAUCAUGGACUUGGAUCACAAGGAGCAACAGGACUGUAAGCCCAUCCUGUUCAUCAAUCUUUGUGUAAACAGGAGAAUGGCCUUUGAAAUCAAUGCAUACAAACUGACCUUACAGCACUCCAAGUGAGUAGAAAACUCAGGCAUUUUAUCUUCCCCCAGUCAAUGUACUUUCAUUAGCUCACUCGCCCAUUCUCAGCUAAAUGCUCAUAGCCUUGAAGGUCUUGUACCUGUAAAAGCAAUAAGUGUUAAAAGUCUUUUCACAUACUAAAUCAAUAUUUGUGGAGGGCUGUCUUUUGCAUUUCUCUCACACCAGAACGUGCUCGCUCUUCCCUGAGGUUUUGACAUAGGACGAAUGUGCAGCUGAACAUUUUGAUACAACAUUGUGUGAUAAAGUGAAUUCUGACAAGACUAUGAAUCUAUUGAAACUGGAGAUUGGAAUAAACCAUUUAAUAGGCCUUAACCAUGCUAUGAAGCUUUAAAUAAUACAGAUGGAUGUCAGAGGUGUGGAGGCACGUGCUACAGCCAUCACUCAUCUUCUAAUCAGUCUGCCGAUCUGAUUGUUUAUUUUGGAUCCAGCUGCAAACUGGGAAUAAGGGAAUUACAGAUUAGGCAUGUAUGUGGAGGGUUAUUUUGUGCCUGAAGCAUUGAUAUUGCAGAUUAUUAACUUGCUUUCUCUUUUAAUAGUUUUAAUGGACCAAAUUAUAUAAAUCAUGAAAACCAAAACCUUUUUAAAAAAGCAAAAUAUACCUGUAGUUUAUAAACCAGGUGAUUAUGUUUGAAAUUUUGUACUCUUCUGAAAUGCAAUAGAUAUGCAUAAUUUUUAGGCAGAUUAUUCAUAUAGCUUUUUACAUAUGAAGUCCAUUUACAAAAAGUAAAUAGCAUUUAGAAGAUGUAUUUUAUCCAGUCAAUAAUCAGAAGGAAUUAAACCUAUGAAUUUUGCAUUAAGGUCACCAAACACUGAGUGUUGUGUAACUCAAGCCUGUCUUUUGAAGCAAACCCUAUAGAAUCAUAAGAAGACCUCUAAGAUCAUCAAAUCCAGCCAUUAACCUGACAGUGCCAAAUCCACAACUAAACCAUGUCCCUGAGUGCCACACCUACAUGUCUUUAAAUACCACUCUGAGCUGAGCCAUCCAGCCAGUCUUUUACCUAGCAAGCAGUAGGUCUGCCCAAGCUGUGAGCAGAUCAGCACCCAUUGGGACCUGAGGACUUGUGUCUGUCUAAGUGGUGUAGCAGGUCACUGACCAUUUCCCCUUGGAUAACAAGGGCUUCAUUCUGCUCCCUGCCCCUGUCUCCCAGCUCAGGGGGCUGGGUUCUCAGAGAACUUGGUCUUACUAAUAAAGACUGAGGCAAAAAAGGCAUCAAGUACCUCAGGCUUUUCCUCAUCCUUUGUCUGUGUGUUUUCCAUCACAUCCAAUGAAGGAUGGAGAGUCUCCUUAGCCCUCUUGUUGUCGCUAAUAUGUUUAUAGAAACAUUAUUACUGGCUUUUGCAACAGUAGCCAGAUUAAGUUGGGGUUUGGCCCUUCUAAUUUUCUCCCUGCAUAACCUCCAACCAUUAAUCUUCCUGAGCUGUCUGCCCCUUCUUCCAAAGGCCAUCAACUCUCCUUUUUCACCUGUGCUCCAGCCAAAACUCUCUGUUCAGCCAGACUGGUCUUCUUUUGAAUAUUUCCAGAAACUCCACAACCUUUCUGGGCCACCUGUGCCACUGCUUGAUCCCUCUUACAGUGAAAAAGUGUUUCAGUUUGUGCCCACUGCCUCUGGUCCUGUCACUGCACAAUAUACCAAACUUUCAGUUAAAACAAAGUUUUGUCCAAAAAAACGUUUCAAGGAACAAUUUAAUGAAGUACUCUGGAUUUCCCUGUGCAAAAUGAGUUGGGUUAGAAAGGGCAGUCAGCUCCUUUCAUACUUGGAGCUUUUGGUGUUAGCUUUCAACUGGACCUUUCUCAUUUGCAGUUGUGUUUUGAUGAGAGAUGCCAUUUGUAUUUCCUCUUUAGUGAUCACAGCACAAGUGUGCCUUAAAUACCUUUCCAGGUGUGGUGGUAGGGGGCUGGGGCAGGUAAGGAGGCAUCCUGUGAUGAAGGGGGGAGAAUGCAGCACAAAAUGGACCAUUUCAGGUAAUUAUUUGGUCUUAAGGAAGCUCUUUGAGAAUUAAAGAGACUAUGAAA